GGACUGAGUCAGAUGGGAGGAUUAAAGAGGAGGGCAGACAGACACAAGUUGACAUACUUCUUCAGACAAAGACAACAUCACCUCAGAGUUGAGAUUCUUCCAGCAGCUGAAGAAGCAGCAUCUCGGUACUACUACAUCACCACGGCAUAGGAAUGUGUUAAUGUAUGUAGAAAAGAAAACACACUAUUGGACUUAAUCAGCUCUACUGACAACUGUGGAUAGUGGAGAGAAGAAGCAGCAGGAGGGCAGAGCCUCAGGAAGCCAACAUACCUCCACUGAACAGAUAAGGCGUCAGGGGGGAACCUCCAAAAAGUUAGUAAGAGUUAUUUCAACUUCACACCAAGGAACAACAGGGCAGAGGAUACUGCUUUUAUCCCUAGGUGAAGGGAUAAAAGGAAACACUAGACGUGGACAGACAUAGUUUUGAGAAGAAGCGAGAAAACCGGCAACAAUCUGGAGGAGGAACAGCAAGAGGUCCACCGGGCCCCACAACACAGUUACAUGAUGAGUAUGACUGGUACUCUAGAGAGGGGGGCCCACCAUCAGGCCUUGGACCUCUCUGAAGAGAUGCCGCCUCAACACCACCACCACCAUGCCAACCACCACCCACAUCUCCACCACUCCAACUCUCUGGCCUCCACCACAGCUAUGGGCGGAGGCAGAGAAACACCGUCGCGUGUGGUCGUACCUCCUCCAUAUUCUGCAGCAGAGAGCGGUGGGGGCAGCGAUGCUCCUCUAGAGUUACGGGGGUCCCUGGACUGCUGGGCCUGCUCCGUGCUUGUGACGGCUCAGAACCUUGUGAUCGCCGCCAUCAAUGCCUUCCUGGCUGGACUGGUGUUCGGGACCAUCCUGACGCCAGCCAUUGUCAUGGUGGUGUUUGGUUUCCUCUGCCAUUCGACGGUUCACCCUCACGGGACCAGCCCAUUCUGCUCCGACCUGCUCAACGACGGCGGCUGCGUGGCUCUGCUGGUGGUGGGCUUCCUCCUGGUCACCCCCCUGCUGGUUCUGGCACUGGCUGCCUACUGCCGCCUGGCCCGGCACCUCCAGCUGGGCCUGUGCUUCAUCCCCUACAGCCGGGCCGUGUACAAGAACCUGCCCGCCACCCGGCACCGUGGCCUGGGCACCGGCUGCUGCGGGGGCCAGGAGGGGGCUGAUGGGAGUGGGAAGGGGAAGGUCUGGGUGUGAGAAGAGAGAUAGGGGUUUAGAAGUGUAAUGACAACAGUUAACAAAAGAACAGAGGUGGUAGAGAGGAUGUAAGAAACAAGUGAUUGUACUGUUUUGUACCAGACAUUAGAGGAAGUUGUAAAAGUCAGUUACAGUUGAAUAUCCUGCAAACAUGUUACAAAAUGACUAAUGACUUAUUCUAAUGCUUUACACCCAGACAAGCAUUAUUAGCUGUUAUUAAAUGAUCCGGUGUACUUUUACCUACAUUACUACCUUUAAACGAAGAAAAAAUGUGCACACCAUUUUGUUCUACCAUUAGAUUUGUUUGAUGCGACACCCAGGACAAUUAAGAGCUGAAGUCCUGCCCCCUCCAGUUGUACUACAUUGGACAUAACUUUGGAAAAUGGUGUAUUAUAGUCUAGCCAUUUUUGUUGAUCAUGUUUCAUUUGUGCAACAUUUACACAUAUGGGAUUUGUUGGUUUAAAAGAUAAUUUUAGAAGUUAAAAAAGUCAGUUUGAGGCAAAACUGUUGAACUAUCAGACUGUAGACCUGAAAGUAGCAGAGGUGAUGUCAUCUCUGUUCUAGAUUUAUUCAGAGCUGCUGAAGAUGUCUCUACAGCUUCAACAUCACAAGACUGUAGUGAUUUUCACCUUUAACUGCUUUCUCACCUUGCGCUCAAAGUAUGAGAUGAAAUAUACUGAGUCAGCAGCUGUUUUGACGUCAAUGACAUGAAUCAGUGAAAAACAUGCAGUGAAUUCAGCUGUUUAACAACUAAAUGUUUGUCGCAUACAAUUAUCCUUCACACUGAUAAACAUAUGUGUCAAUAGAGACACAAUUAUUGACACUGAACACUUCAUAUUUUUCUUCCCCUGCAUCACAAACAGAUGUAGCAAGACUUCAGCUCUCUACUUUCAUAAUUUCUCCACUAGACACAUGAUUUAAAAUCAGAAUGUAAACUUUAUACUAAUUUUUCCCAGUUACAACAGUGUUUCUUAAUUCCAAUGUACAGAACAGGACUCUGAACAAACAUUUCUUUUCUCCAUAACCAGGUCAAAUCCAUGUUGUAAUACUUAAUCAGUCAUGAUCAUCAGGAUACAAUGCAAUGCUAAUAUGCUGAAUUAUCAAGACCUACUGGACCCUAAUUUUGUAAAUAAAAUAAUCUGAGGUGCAUCAAGUAACUAAUAAAUUGGAUAAACUGCAGCGACUUCAAAAUGUAGCGUGUAUGAAUCACAGGAAAAAGGCUGAAAACAGUUGAGCUGCCACUAAAUAUAACCUCAUCUUAUCCUGUACGCAUUAUGAAGAUGAUGGUUUUAUUUGUUUUGUGUAGUUGGCUAAGUUUGUUAAGUUGUGUCAGACUGUGACUGCAAUUGUUUAUGUCAUUUCCUUUUUCUAAAUAAAGUUUUUGGUUUCAGAUGA